AUGUCUCUGACCAAGACUGAGAGGGCCAUCAUCGUGUCCAUGUGGGGCAAGAUCUCCACGCAGGCUGACAUCAUUGGCACUGAGACCCUGGAGAGUUCACAGAGACCUGAGCAGGGCCAGGCUCAGUUGGCACGAGACCUACAGCUCGCAACCCACCGCCGCAGGCUCUUCAUCACCUACCCGCAGACUAAGACCUACUUCCCGCACUUCGACCUGCACGCGGGGUCGGCGCAGCUGCGUGCGCACGGCUCAAAGGUUGUGGCCGCCUUGGGCGACGCGGUCAAGAACAUCGACAACAUCUCCGGCGCCCUGGCCAAGCUGAGCGAGCUGCACGCCUACAUCCUGCGGGUGGACCCUGUCAACUUCAAGCUGCUGUCCCACUGCCUGCUGGUCACCGUGGCCGCGCGCUUCCCUGCCGACUUCACGGCCGAGGCCCACGCCGCCUGGGACAAAUUCAUGUCGGUCGUGUCCUCUGUCCUGACCGAGAAGUACCGCUGAGCGACCCCGCUCUUGUCCUGAGGGUUCCCCAGACCUCCCUUUUGCUGUGGUGAUCCAAUAAAUAAAUCAA